AUGGAUAGAUCAACUGCGGGUUCCAAUGAUACAUCGGCUAUGCAAGAUGACUCGGAGGGCCGCAGUGUUAGGGAAGAAGAUGGGAUGAAGGAGGAACUCGAAGAUGAGGAGCUCGACUAUGGCUAUGUGCUUGAUGAAGAUGACGACGAUGAUGGUCUCGAGGCAGCGAUAGUGGGAGACAUUGAACCCGAAGAUGGCGAGGACCUUGUGUUGGAUGAUGAGGAUGACGAUAAUGAUAUCCCUUUUGCAGCACUAUAUUCAAUAGAGAGCAUGCUCCUGCUUUGGAAUUCCCUGGCGAAUCAAUCGCUCGUGCAAAACUAUGGUGCAGAGGUGUAUUUCGCAAGAGACAGAUGUGUCCACACAGUUUAUGCAAGAUAUGUGUCAGGAGUAUAG